AUGCACCUCCUCGACCUGUGCCGGAUAGCUGGCACCGUCUUUUUCGCUGUUACCCUGAUCGUCGCCGGUGACACGUGCGGCAAGCUGCUGACCGCCGGUGGCGUCGAUCCGUUUUUCGUCGCCUUUUCCCGCUUUGCCAUCGGCGCCCUGGCGCUAUGGCCGAUUGCGCGUAUCCGGCUGCAUGAGCUGAGUGCCUACAAGGACUGGCGGGUUGUUCUGCGGGCUGUCUUCAUCACCUGUGCCAUCUGCUCGAUUUUGACGGCACUCAAGACCGAACCCAUCGCGAAUGUUUUCGGCGCCUUCUUCGUCGGGCCGGUAAUCUCCUACGUUCUGGCAGUCAUUUUUCUCGCCGAAAAACCGUCGCCGACACACACCAUUCUGCUCGUCCUGGGUUUUUGCGGGGUCCUGCUGGUGGUCAAGCCCGGUUUCGGUGCUUCCGCCGGCAUUCUUUUCGCUGUCCUGGCCGGCAUCUGCUAUGGCUGUUAUCUCUUCAUGACCAAAUUGCUGGCCGGCGCGAUGCGGCCAAGUCUUCUUCUCAUGUCGCAGUUGCUGAUCGGCUCUGUCCUGUUGAUACCGUUCGGUCUGAGUUCGGGCCUGCCGGAACAAAGCUUCAAUUUCUGGGUCCUGAUCAUUUUGAGCGCAUUGGGGUCAGCCGCCGGCAACUACGCCCUGGUCGUGGCGAACAAGAUGGCCGAUGCCAGCCUUGUCGCGCCACUCGUCUACAGCAAACUCAUCUCCGCGACCCUGCUCGGUAUUCUGGUCUUCGGCGACUGGCCGGACACGGUUGCAUUCAUCGGUCUGACGCUGAUCAUCCUGUCGGGCCUUGGAUCCCUCGCCGCAAGGAGACGCCUGCCCGGCAAGACAGUGCCAGGUUAG